AUGUCGGUAGCAGCACCCCGCAACAGCCCACCACGCACAGGUAUCGCUGCACUCCUAGCCGGGCUCAAUAUAGCGGGAGAAAUAGAACUGCCCAAUGGCGUAGUUGUACCUGUCGGCGUCGGUGAACCGGUUUAUCGAGUGAUCUUCCGCUCCGAGCGAGCGCUCCAAACACCAAUGACAGAAAUGGGCGUUGGUCGAGCGUACAUAUUCGGUGAUAUCGAUGUAGAUGGUGAUUUCGGCGCACUGUUCAAAGCUCGUGAAAAAUUACAAGGAAAAGUGCCCCUGCGACAAAAAUUCCAGUUUAUAUACGACUAUCUUCGAACGGUGACCAGGAUGAACGCUGAGGCAAUCGGUGAUCACUAUGGGCUCGAUGACGAGUUUUUUCUCACACUCCUUGACAAACGGUUCCGGUUCUACUCGCACUGUUUGUUUCAACGACCCGACGAGACGCUCGAAGAGGCCGCUGAACACAAAAUGGAGACCAUGUUCGCUACCCUCAAUCUCAAACCAGGGAUGAGGCUUCUUGAUAUUGGCGGUGGCUGGGGUGGUGUGACCCAGUAUUGUGGUGCUCGAGGUGUCCAUGUCACAACGUUGACAAUCGCACCCAACAGCGCCCGUUAUAUUCAACGUAUUAUAGAGGGAAAGAAGCUCCCUGGUCAAGUCUUCUUGCAGGACUUUCUUGACCAUGAGCCCGAGGUACCAUACGACCAUGUAGUCAGCUUUGGGGUCAUUGAGCACAUCCCCAACUAUCGCCGUUAUGCACGUAAGAUGUGGGAUGUGUUGAAGCCUGGUGGGCGCAUGUAUCUUGACGGAUCGGCGGCUGUUGAGAAGUUUGCUGUGAGCUCAUUUACCAGGAAAUAUAUUUGGCGAGGAACACACACGUAUAUGUCUCUUCAAGACGUCCUCGUUGAGCUUUUAUACCACGGGUUUGCUGUACUGGAUGUUUCCAAUGAGACCGAGGACUACAAGCUCACAAUGCUGGAAUGGGCAAAGCGUCUGGAAUCGGCAAAAGAAGAUCUCAUUGCGGGUUGGGGGGACCAGAAUUAUCGUUUGUUUCGCUUGUACUUGUGGGGUGGCGUGCAUGCAUUCGAAGCCAAUAGCUUACAGGCUUACCAUGUAGUCGUGGAACGGACAUCUUCCCCUGGGCCACGUCCAUCCAUUCCUCGCCGUUUCGGUCAGUUCUUGUGGAACCUGCGUUGA